AGAGGGCGCUAUCAAGAAAUUUACCUACGUGCAAAUUUUACUUAACCAUAAUUCUAUUACGCAGUGCAAAUUGCUGUAGAUCGGUAUCGUGCAGCUCGAAUUUCCGCAAGUGCAGCUCGAAUUCCCGAAUUCUGCCGUAUAUAAGCGAGUAUUUUUUCUGAAUAAAUUUAGUCAAGUUCCAGAGUUCAAAGCAACAACAUCGUGUCUUCAUCAUUACCAAACUUCCUCUUCAUCAAUAACACCUUUGCCUUUGCGUUUAGUUCAAAAAUCCUUCUUUGGUAGUGUGCGUACAGUCAGCAGUAGAAGAACGGCACCAAAAAGAGGGGAAAAAAGGUUCAACAGACGGGUUGGUCCUUUCCGUCUGUUGCCUCUUCCUGUUCGCUCAUUUGAUUGCUAUUAUCGUUCCACCCGUCGCCGUCGCCUCGCGCUAAUGGGACAGCGCACCACCGUGUUCCUUAGACAGUGCGCACAAGCAAGUCCGUCGUCACAGUGGCAAACGUUUCCCAAAGCUCGGCGGAGAAUGACCGUCCUGUGGGUAAUUGUCGGUUUCCUGUUCACCUCCUGCGCUGGACAGUCGCUAAACGACACGUACGGUGGGCUGAUUAUCGAACACGUGCGCGCAGAAUCAUCCCCAGCACCGGUGCCAACGGCCCAAUGGAAUCAACUGAAGCGCUACUCGAUGCAUUACGGCGGGGUGGCCAGCAGCAGUGCAGCAGGCGAGGAGUCGACCGCCCAGUCCAAUGUGUCCCUGCUCAGUGAAUCGCUUUCCUCUCGUGCGAUGUCCGGUGUGGUCGGUGGCAUCAAGCUGAUCAUUCUCGCGUUUCGUGUGAUUGGCGAGUUUCUGCGCAAGUUCGGCGCGGAGCUGCGGGUGGCCAAGUGUCUGCUGAUGUACUCGCUUACCUUUCAGCCGCUCAGCGCGAAGGUCGCAAGCGGGACGAUCGUGAACUGGCUGACCGGGUACUUCGGUGCGGAAGAUGCGCGUGAUCUGUACCGGUUUUUGUCGCGCAAUCUGUUCGCGCAGCUUGGGCUUUCCGGGGCGGAUGUGUGAAGUUGAGCUGUGUGUGUGCGAUGGGCCGGCAAGGUGCGAAUUUUUCACAAAAGUUCGGAUUAUUGUAGGUUUAUGCGGGUCGGCAUCGAAUCCGGUUCUUUGAGAAGCACCCGAUUGCUGAUUAAUGCCUAAAAUCGAGGCGGGACACAUCUCAUCAAUCGAAUUUGAUAGUUAUAC